AAUUUUUCCUUUGCGGUUCCCGCCAAAACCCCAUAUUUCAUCAUCGUUGCUUUCGUUUCAAUUCACCGGCGAUGAGUGAUCUUCCGGCCGACGUGAAAUCGUUGGCGGCGUUCCUUGUACAGCGCCACUCCGAUCAACUCCGCUCCAUUGCUCUCUCUACUGAUUCUAAGCUUCACUAUCCUCUUUACAUAGAUUUUGCUGAGUUAAUGGAGGAUGAUCCUCCUCUGGCUCGACUCGUCUUCUCUCAACCCACAGAGUACUUGCGUCUUUUCGACCAGGCGGCUGUUUGGGCUCAUAAAGUCAUAUUGGGGGAUUUGAAAGGUUCUGAAAAAGGAGUUAAGAAAGAGUUCAUUCAUGUUCGGAUUGACAUCAGUGGUUCUCCCCUUGAAUGUGCUGAUACAUUUCCAAGAAUUGGGUGCGUGAGAGUGAAGCAUAGAGGGAUUCUUCUUACUCUCAAAGGGACUGUUAUUCGCUCGGGGGCAAUCAAGAUGUAUGAAGGGGAGAGGUGGUAUUCAUGCCAGAAAUGCCAGCAUAGCUUCCUAGUUUAUCCUGAGUUAGAAACUAGAAAUUCCAUUCAGUUGCCAUCUUAUUGCCCAAUGCAGAGAUCGAAAUUCUGUAGUGGCACAAAAUUCAAAUAUUUAGAAGGUUCGAUAACAUGCCAUGAUUAUCAGGAAAUCAAAAUUCAAGAAAGUACACAUGUAUUAGGGGUCGGGGCUAUUCCUCGUUCAAUCCUUGUCAUUCUAAAAGAUGAUCUUGUUGAUGUUGUUAAAGCAGGAGAUGACGUUAUAGUCACUGGGGUCUUAACUGCAAGGUGGUCGCCCGACUUAAAAGAUGUUCGCUGCGACCUUGAUCCUAUGUUGAUUGCUAAUCAUUUGAGGAGAACAAAUGAGCUGAAAUCGGAUAUUACUAUUCCUCAUGAUGUCAUUAUGAAAUUCAAUCAAUUUUGGAACGAGUUUAAGGAUACCCCUUUGAAAGGGAGAAAUGCAAUAUUACAAGGUGUUUGUCCACAAAUUUUUGGACUCUUCACUGUAAAGCUUGCAGUUGCAUUAACACUUAUUGGAGGUGUGCAACAUGUUGAUGCUUCUGGAACCAAGGUACGAGGAGAGUCUCAUUUACUUUUGGUUGGAGACCCAGGUACCGGGAAAUCUCAGUUCUUGAAAUUUGCUGCAAAGUUAAGUAACAGAUCUGUUGUCACUACUGGCUUAGGAAGCACUAGUGUUGGACUCACUGUCACUGCAGUCAAGGAUGGAGGAGAAUGGAUGUUGGAAGCUGGGGCCCUAGUUUUAGCAGAUGGAGGACUUUGCUGCAUAGAUGAAUUUGAUAGCAUGAGAGAACAUGAUAGAGCAACCAUACAUGAAGCAAUGGAACAGCAAACUAUAAGUGUUGCCAAGGCUGGUCUUGUGACAACUCUAAGUACAAGGACCAUUGUUUUUGGCGCAACAAAUCCAAAGGGACAUUAUGAUCCUGAUCAAUCUCUAUCUGUCAAUACUGCACUCUCUGGUCCCUUAUUGAGUAGAUUUGAUAUAGUCCUUGUCCUUCUAGAUACAAAAAAUCCUGAAUGGGAUGAGGUUGUAUCAUCUCACAUUCUUUUUGAGGGAGAGCCUGAAAAAGAUGCGACUGCCGAGGACUUGUCAAAAGUCUGGCCCUUUCCUCUGCUUCAGAGGUAUAUUCAGUAUGUAAAAGAAAAUUUUAGACCAGUCCUAACAAAAGAAGCUGAAACAGUUAUCUCAAGCUAUUACCAGCUCCAAAGAAGAUGUGCAACGCACAAUGCAGCUAGGACAACGGUGCGCAUGCUUGAAAGUUUGAUACGCUUAGCUCAGGCACAUGCAAGACUAAUGUUCAGAAAUGAGGUGACACGGUUAGAUGCUAUUACAGCCAUUUUAUGCAUUGAAUCUUCCAUGACUACCUCAGCUAUUGUAGACAGUGUUGGGAAUGCUCUGCACUCAAAUUUUACAGAUAACCCUGAUCUCGAAUAUAUCAACCAAGAAAGACUGAUUCUUGAAAAGCUAAGAUCAUUUAAUGAAUCUGUGGAAUAAGUGAUCGGCUAAGGAAAGGAAUAUGUUUGAAAAAGGUCAAGUGAGUUCGCUUCCAUGAUCUCAAGAUUCAAGAAGAGAUAGCUUCCACCUAAACUGGAGCUGCAAUACUUGUUUGUUCACUCGUAAAAGUUGAUAUUGUUUUUCUUUUGGUGGCUCAAACACAGGGAUUUAGAUAGUAUCAUUAUUUUCCCUGCUGAAAUGGGUCAAAAAUAAGACAACUUGCCCUACUAUACCUAAGAUAAGCUGAACUUUUUGAGCCACAA